AUCACGCGUGGAGUGAAAGGUCGUGAAGUUUGCGAGGAAAAUGGCUGCUGAACCAACACGAGAAUGGAGCGAUGAGAAACUGAAAAAUGACGAUGUGCCCAAAAAAGAUCUUAUCAAGUUUAUCCAGGAUAACGCUUCCCACUCGUUUCUUGCCGAGCACAAACUUCUGGGUAAUAUCAAGAAUGUCGCAAAGACCGCAAAAAAGGAGCAGCUCAUUGUAGCCUACAAUCAGCUCUUCGAGAGCAAGAGAUUUAAAGGCACAGAAGUGGAGGAGGUGACUCAGGAUGUGAAAGCUGUCAAAAUUGAAGACAAGAACAAAGAAACAAAGACAGAAGUUGCAGAAGUUGUGGAUGAGGGACCCCCCAAGUUCACAAAGACAGUGAUAAAGAAAGGAGAUAAGACCAACUUCCCCAAAAAGGGUGAUACAGUGGCAUGUUGGUAUACUGGCACACUUGAGGAUGGCACUGUCUUUGACACCAACAUCCCUACUGGUGCACGGAAAAAGAAACAGGCCAAACCACUUUCUUUUAAGGUUGGGAUGGGCAAAGUUAUCAGAGGGUGGGAUGAGGGUCUCCUGACCAUGAGUAAAGGCGAGACUGCACGGCUGGAAAUUGAAUCAGAGUGGGCUUACGGUAAAAAGGGUCUUCCUGAUUCUAAAAUUCCACCAAAUGCUAAACUUAUUUUUGAGGUUGAAUUGGUAUCCAUUGAUUAAUACAUGGAUAAACUAGCAUGCACGUACUGGCCAAGAACUGUACAUGUUAAGCUGCCCCAUGUUCUCCGUUUCAACAGAGAAAGACUAACCAUUAGUACAGGAGUUAUUUGUGAGGUCAUGUUUGUGUUGGCCUUCAUGUUAAAACGUACUACUGUGGAAAGCAGCAAAAAAUUCCUCUUCAUAUUACUGAGGAGUGCCUCCCUUUUGGUGUCCUGACAUUAUUUUGCAUGUUCUGAAACGUUACAAUAAAAGAAAUUGAACUAAA